GUCUUCACACUCGUACUGGAUUGCUCGUGAGUAGCAUCUAAGGUUUCUUGUUUCUGCUGAGAUUUUGGUGGGUUUUGUUCGAGAUUCCCUCUUGUCGCCGGAUUCGCAUGUAAUUUCGAUUUUUUCAUGAGAACGUAGAAUGGGUUCUCUGGAAUCUGGGAUUCCGCCGAAGAGAGAGAACGGAAGGGCAGCAAGAUCAGAAAGGCAACUCCCAUUUCUGCAGAGAAACAGGUCGAAGCUCUCGAGAUUCUUCCUCUUGAAGAAGCUCGAUUACCUCCAAUGGAUUUGUACUGUGGCGGUAUUCUUCUUCUUCGUUGUGCUGUUCCAGAUGUUUUUGCCGGGACUGGUGGUCGAUAAAUCGGACAUACCGUGGAGAAACAAGGAGAUUUUGCCGCCGGAUUUGGUGGUUUUCAAGGAGAAAGGUUUCUUGGAUUUCGGUGAGGAUGUUAGGUUUGAGCCCUACAAGCUUUUGUUGAAAUUCCAAAGAGAGACCAAUAGUUUGAACUUCUCUUCGUCUUCUGUCAAUGCUACUCUGCAACGUUUCGGAUUCAGGAAGCCGAAUUUGGCUCUGGUUUUUGCCGAUUUGUUAGCUGAUCCACAACAGCUGUUAAUGGUGACUGUCUCCAAGGCGCUGCAAGAAACCGGCUAUGCGAUCGAGGUUUACUCGCUUGAAGAUGGUCCUGUGCGAGGCAUUUGGCAGCAAUUAGGUGUUCCGGUCACGAUACUUGAGAGUUAUCACUCAUCAAAUUGUGUCAUCGACUGGCUAUCCUACGAUGGCAUAAUUGUGAACUCUCUCGAAGCUAGGAGUAUGCUUUCUUGUGUCUUGCAAGAACCUUUCAAAUCUUUGCCUCUCAUUUGGGUCAUCAAUGAGAAAACUCUUGCUGUUCGGUCAAGAUGGUACAACUCGACAGGGCAGACCGAUCUUCUCAACGACUGGCGAAAGAUUUUCAGCCGGGCUUCUGUUGUAGUUUUCCAAAAUUACCUCCUUCCGAUUCUUUACUCUGAGUUUGAUGCUGGGAACUUUUAUGUGAUCCCUGGAUCUCCUGCAGAAGCAUGGAAGAAUAAUUUAGAGAGUCCACAAAAAGACGAAAUAGCCAUUGCUGUCGUGGGUAGUCAGUUCUUGUACAGGGGUUUAUGGCUGGAACACGCCUUGGUUCUGCAAGCGCUGCUACCGCUAUUUUCAGAUUCUUCCCGUCAGAGUUACAAUAAUUCCCACCUCAAAAUCGUAGUUUUAGGUGGACAUUCAGCUUCCAACUAUAGCAUAGCCGUUGAGACGAUUGCCCAAAACUUGACGUAUCCAAAAGAUGUUGUGAAGCAUAUCAGCAUUGACAGGAAUGUCGAUGAGAUUCUUGGGGCUUCUGAUCUUGUUUUAUACGGAUCAUUUCUUGAAGAGCCAUCUCUCCCAGAAAUUUUGAUGAAAGCCAUGUCCUUGGGGAAACCGAUAGUUGCACCAGACCUCCCCAACAUUCGGAAAUAUGUUGAUGACAGGGUGAAUGGCUAUCUUUUCCCCAAGGAGAAUUUGAAGGCUCUAACACAGAUAGUGCUUGAAGUGAUAUCAAAAGGGAAAAUAUCUCCCAUGGCUCAGAAUAUUGCCUUAAUGGGAAAAACCACUGUUAGGAACAUGAUGGCUCGAGAAACCAUAGAAGGGUAUGCAACUCUUAUUGAGAAUGUUCUCAAGUUUUCUUCAGAAGUCGCCUUCCCUAAGAAUGUCAAAGAAAUUUCUCCCAAACUGAGAGAUGAAUGGCAAUGGGGUGCAUUUGAAGCUUUCUUGAACAUAUCGCAUGGAAAUAGAACUGCUAGAAGUUAUGAGUUUUUAGUGAAGGUUGAGGAACAGUGGAAUCGCACCUCCGGAAGCAAUAUAAAAUUCGGGGCUGUUAACGAUGACUCAUUUGUCUAUGAGAUUUGGGAGGAAGAGAGACAUCUUCAGAUGAUGAAUACUAGAAAGAGGAGGGAAGAGGAAGAGCUUAAAGACAGAGCGUCACAGUAUCAUGGAACAUGGGAGGAAGUAUACAAAAAUGCUAAAAGGGCAGACCGGAGUAAGAAUGAUCUGCAUGAGAGGGAAGAAGGGGAGCUAUUAAGGACAGGUCAACCUCUAUGCAUUUAUGAACCUUAUUAUGGUGAAGGAACCUGGCCUUUUCUCCAUCAGUAUUCUCUCUAUCGCGGGGUCGGCUUGUCAACAAAAGGGCGAAGGCCGAGGAUGGAUGAUCUCGAUGCAGCAACACGUUUGCCACUUCUUGACGACCCGUACUACCGGGAUGCUCUUGGUGAAUUCGGUGCAUUUUUUUCAAUUUCAAACAGGAUUGACCGUUUACACAAGAAUGCAUGGAUAGGGUUUCAGUCCUGGAGAGCAACUGCCAGGAAGGCUUCUUUAUCCAAGACUGCUGAGGAUGCAAUACUACACGCCAUUCAAGCACGGAAACAUGGGGAUGCCCUCUACUUCUGGGUUCGUAUGGACAAAGAUCCAAGAAAUCCUUUACAGAAACCCUUUUGGUCAUUCUGUGAUGCCAUAAAUGCUGGAAACUGCAGAUUUGCUUUCAACGAAACUCUGAAGAAAAUGUAUGGUGUGAAGCAUUUGGAUUCAUUGCCACCAAUGCCUGAGGAUGGGGAUACUUGGUCUGUCAUGCAUAGUUAUGCCUUGCCGACGAGGUCUUUCUUGGAGUUCAUCAUGUUCUCCAGGAUGUUUGUGGAUUCGUUGGAUGCACAGAUAUACGAAGAGCAUCACAAGACAGGGCGGUGCUAUCUGAGUUUAACCAAAGACAAGCAUUGCUAUUCGAGGUUGAUGGAGCUUCUGGUGAACGUAUGGGCAUACCACAGUGCGAGGAGAAUGGUGUACGUGGAGCCGGAGACGGGUCUGAUGAAGGAGCAGCACCUGCAGAGGAGCAGGCUUGGUCACAUGUGGGUCAAAUGGUUCGAUUACGCUACCCUUAAGUCCAUGGACGAGGAUCUUGCCGAGGAGGCUGAUUCUGACGGUGGGAUGGGCCACUGGCUUUGGCCGUGGACGGGUGAGAUCGUCUGGAAAGGUUCUUUGGAGAAAGAGAGGCAGAGAAGGAACGAAGAGAAAGAGGAGAGGAAGAGGAGAAGUAAGGAUAAGCUCGACCGGAGAAGACGUAAAGGCGGUCGCCAGAAAGCCAUCGGGAAGUUCGUGAAGCCGCCGCCCGAUGAUGAUCCGGUGGUGGCCGGAAUUGCCUAGGCUCGAAAAGAAAGCGUUUCAUUUUUUGGGAGAUAAUUUUUUUUUUGGGUGGUCAUUCCAUUCUUAUUCUUAGGUUCUAACAUUCGGUUAGUUCUUCAUUGUAAAAAAGAGACAAGACUACUACUAAUUCAAGCCCUUGUGUGAAGAAUU